CUGGGCUGUUGAUUGGGGCAGAAGGACCGAGUCACCUUUCUGAUGGGGAGUUCUGCAUCAGCUCAGGGUGAUGAGGAGGUGCAGGGGCUCAGGUGCAAGCAGUAAGCCAGAGAGCGCAACUGUGAAGUGAGGAAUCGCUACAGCCUCCUUGUAACUGCAUCACAGUCAGUCGGACUCCUAAAUCAGGCUGCACAGCAUAGCAGCUGAUUAGGGGAGAAGCGUUGCCUUAUUCUUGUAACAAGAGAACCCUAAAGUGAUUCCUUUGAAUUAGAAGAAAUUGGCUACUAACAGAGGGAACUGCUUGGUGAGGACCGUCCUGUGGAUGUUAUAAAAGAAUAAGAAAUAAGGACUUCCCUCUAUGGCUUGGUGAUGUAUCGGAGAAAAGAACUUUAAAAAGAAUGCUUUCUAUUAAACUGCUGCAUCAGAACAAGGGGAAAUUUUUCCUUCAGAAAAAUUCCUUCAAAGGCAGUGACAAGUAACAAAAGGAUCUCUGAAACACUAGCACUUUUUAAAGGACUUUCAGCACAAUAUCCGAAUGACCUUGGAGACCUUUCUAUUGGGAUUGCUUCGUUCAGCCCUGCCGGAUUUUCAGCAUUUCAGACUCUAGGAUUUAAAUUUGCCUCGAUGUUUUGGGGACAUUUUAAAACAAGACUGUCUAGUAACCUAUCUCAUGGCCCCUGCACUAAUUGAGCAUUUCCUCAAAAUAGAGCACAGAAAGAAAAGAAGCAUUUUCUUAAUAUAUGGCUGUUCUUAACUGCAAAUGUACUAAACGAGCUUAUUUUCCUCCCCACAGCUGAGGUGUGUCAGUGAUGUACUGAUGCUGAUGAAGAGACUUGAGCAGUUCUGGGAAGCUAAUCUGUGACAGAAGCGAAUGGCAGUGUCAGCAGAGACAGAGCCUGAGCCCCCAAAGUGCAGAGGUUAGCAGAUGUUGGGCAGGUCACCAUUGGACUGCUGUCAUCCUGGCUCCAGGGCUUCCUAAUCCCAAACCAUGAAUGGGUCUAGGUUGACCGAACCAAGGACUCAAAAUAUGAGCUUUGGGAAUGUUUCCGAGCAUCACUCCUGCCCACUCGGAUUUGGCCACUACACUGCAGAGGACAUCUGCAUCUUGGAGACGGUCGUUAUUGUCCUGCUGACCUUUUUAAUCAUUGCUGGGAAUUUAACGGUCAUUUUUGUCUUUCACUGUGCUCCCCUUUUGCAUCACUAUACUACCAGCUAUUUCAUACAGACCAUGGCCUAUGCCGAUCUCUUCGUGGGAGUGAGCUGCUUGGUUCCCACUCUCUCCUUGCUUCAUUAUUCCACAGGUGUCCACGAGUCACUGACUUGCCAGGUUUUCGGAUACAUCAUCUCUGUGCUGAAGAGUGUUUCCAUGGCAUGUCUUGCUUGCAUCAGUGUGGAUCGCUACCUUGCCAUCACCAAACCUCUCUCCUACAAUCAGCUGGUCACUCCUUGCCGCUUGAGAAUCUGCAUUAUUCUGAUCUGGAUCUACUCCUGCCUGAUUUUCUUGCCUUCUUUUUUUGGCUGGGGAAAACCUGGUUACCACGGUGACAUUUUUGAAUGGUGUGCCACCUCUUGGCUCACCAAUGCCUACUUUACUGGCUUUAUUGUCUGUUUACUUUAUGCUCCUGCUGCCUUUGUCAUCUGCUUCACUUACUUCCACAUUUUCAAAAUCUGCCGGCAGCACACCAAAGAGAUCAACGACCGGAGGGCCCGAUUUCCCAGUCACGAAGUCGAUGCUGCUGGAGAGACUGGACAUAGUCCUGACAAGCGCUAUGCCAUGGUUUUGUUCCGGAUAACCAGCGUAUUCUAUAUGCUCUGGCUCCCCUAUAUCAUCUACUUCCUUCUGGAGAGCUCCCGGGUCCUGGAGAAUCCCGCUCUCUCCUUCUUAACAACCUGGCUUGCUAUAAGCAAUAGUUUCUGUAACUGUGUAAUAUAUAGCCUCUCCAAUAGUGUUUUUAGGUUGGGCCUCCGAAGAUUAUCACAGACAAUAUGCUCAUCCUGUAUGUGUUUAAAAGACCGGGAUCUUCAAGAUCCCAAGCCCAGAAAACGGGCUAAUUCCUGCUCCAUCUAAAAAAAACUGCACAGCUAAUCAAGAGUAGCCUGAGAGUGAUCUGGAAUAGUGUUUGGUACAUCUGGGGAUUUUCCAUGACAGAAAUAUUUACUUGAAUAGUUCACUAUGAAAUGACAUGUAAAUUAAAAGUGAUUUUUUUUUUUAAUAAUGGAAAAGAAACCUAGAAAGUGAACACACUUUUAUCACAUUUAUCAUGUGAAUAUGAUUCCUUUGAAUUUGUAUGGUGGUAAGAGAAAUUUAUCAGUGAAAAAUAAAAAAACAAACAAACAAACAAACAAAAAAACAAAUUAGUAUCUCAAAUCUUCCACAGGGCAUAAAAUAACUUGGCACAUCAAAGCAGGAUCCUCCUGUGAAUCUUUCUCUCUUUUUAGGAAAUUAUUUCUUUUUCUUAUUUUUCCCCUGUAGAUAAAUGCUGCAUUUUAUAUAUGUAGCAUUUGAUAACUUUUUUCAUUAAAAUAUACUACAGCAGGCUACUAUCCAUGAACAAUCUUCACAAAGCCUACAGAGUAAAUGUAGCUUAAUAACUAACCACAAAAUACCCUUGCAUAUAUUUUUACAGUAUUCAUUAUUAUACAAAUGAUCAUCAAAAAACAAAUUUUAAAUAAUCGGGUUUUUUUUUUAAUGUAGAAGUUUUUUCCUGUUUUUCAAAGUUUUCUAUUCUAUAGCCUCCUCUCAAUCUUCUUCCCAGCCUUCCCAGUUUUCCUGCGCUGAAUCUUUUGAUUCUUUAUUUCAGAAGUGUCUUAGUUAAUGAGAGAACUUAUUGUACAAGGUAAUUACAGUGUUAAUAACCUUUUCCCAAAAAAGCAACCUAGCUGCUUGCUUAGAGGGAAGGAGGGACAAUAUUCAUUCAACAUAUUCCAAUAGCGUUUAGAAAUAUUUUUUUCCCUUCGAGUCUUAAUAAAUAAGUUCCUGUGCCUAAUAUGGUAUUUUUUUUUCAAAUAACUAAGGCUUCCCUCCUCUUACUCUCUUUUCACUAACAAGGUUAUUCUAAUGCAGAUAUAAGAGAUGCAUCUAGUAGUGAGAUAUCACUCAGUGCUAGUUCAAAAAAAUUUUUUUUUGCUUUCAAGUAAAAUAUUAACCCCUUUAUGUUGAGUUUACUACAUAGCUUACUAUGGUAGUUGCAAGUCCUUUGUGUCAAUCCUGCUUGCAUAUAAUUGUAUUUUUCAAAACAAAAAAGUGUAAAUUAUAUUAUGUGGUCUGUGCCUAAUGUUUUCAUAGCACAUUGAAUAGGUCAAUGCUGUUUUCAAUCUUCGGGAUUGAAGAAAAUAUACAAAAAAACAAAAACUUGCUUUAAGAGAAAAAUACUUUUUGUGCCGUUGUUAAAUAGGUAUUUAUUAGACAAAACUGUAUUCUUGGAAGAGGUGAGAAGACAGUUUACUUAAUUAUCAAAUACAGGUAAGAGCUUCAGUAUUUCCCUUUGUAAUAAGCUGCUUUCAGAUUCAGAGAUAAACUGAUUUUGUAAGUGCAUUUCAAGGGUUUGUGUAAUAAGUUACCAGGGGUUCAGAUGCAGCAUGUUUGGGGAGGGUUGAGGGUGGGUGGGUGGGAGAACAGCACAGGUUUGUACAAAUUUUAUUUUGGACUGAAGCUGCCAUCUUUCAGAUGGAUUUAAGUGUCUAACUUAAAGAGUAUUGGACAUGUUAACAGCUGCGCUAUGAUUUCCUUGUUUAACCAAAAAACAAAUAUAUUGAAUGAAUUGUGCCUAGGAUUCUUCACUUUGGAAGCCAGUCAUGUUUGCACACCAAUGAUUUGACUUCAGAGGUCCUUUAAACAUGAAUAUGUUAUUUUGUUAAGGUUGUUCUGAACCCCUGUGUGUUUUUUAAAAUGUAAGAAAGAUUAAAAAUAAAGAAUAAAGUAAUUAUAUAUAUAUAUAUCUCAAA